CAUCCUUUUAUUUCCCUUUCCUUACAUUUUUUUUUUCACUUUCUUCAUCCGAUAUUUGCAACCACAUACCAGUACAAGUUAACUGCAUCGAUCUGUUGCUAUUUCGCGACCAAGGUUGGUUAAGAAGAACAUGUCUGUCUGAAAAACAACAUCCUGAUCGGAUGUCGUAGCUCAAUCUCUGAGUUCGUCGAUGGCCUCCUCUUCGAAUUCUGAAUUCAAAUGUAGUUAUGACAUUUUUUUGAGCUUUAGGGGCUUAGACACCCGUAACAAAUUCACCGAUCACCUCUAUGAGGCUUUGAAGCGAGAGGGGUUUGAAACAUUUAGGGACAAUGAAGGGAUUGAGAGGGGUGAGAACAUCAACUUUGAGUUGCAGAAAGCAAUUUGGAACUCCAGCAUGUCGGUGAUCGUGUUAUCGAAAACCUAUGCCACUUCGAAAUCAUGCUUGUUUGAAAUCCAGACGAUUCUCGAACACCGCAAGAAGAAGUCAGAUCAUGUUAUUUUUCCCGUGUUCUAUGAGGUGGAGCCGUCGGAAAUUAAGGAGCAAGCAAAAAAUUUGGAUUUCGGAGGAAAGAAAGUGACGGAUGAGGAAGUGAAGGGAUGGAGUGCGGCGCUUAAGGAGGUUGCGAGUAUGGCUGGGAUGGUUUCCGGAAAUCAAUCUAACGGGUCUGAAGCCAAGUUCAUUGAGGAAAUUAUUGGUGUACUCAAAAGCAAGCAAGCUGACAAGCACCUGAGGGAUCUUGACGAAAACAUGCGAAAUCUCAAGAGAAAGGUAGAGUACUUGAGCGGUCAAGAGAAUGACAUAAAUUCACAAAUGAGCAAUGCGGAGCGCCGACCAGGGAGAAGACCAAAGAAAGAAGUUGAAGUUUGGCUCACAAAUGUGCAACGGCUUAAAGACGAUGUGCAAAGGCUUGAGCAAGAAGUAGUUGGAGAAACAAUGAAUGUCUCUUCACGUAUGCGGUUGGGAAAGGAUAUCGCUAAGAAGAUUCUAGAGGUGCAAGAAAUCCAGAAAAAGGGCAAUGAUUUUAAUAGUUUGAUGAUUGAUGAAGAUACAACUGGUAGACUGUUGCAACCAUUAAUGGAAGAUUUUGUUAAAUGCACAAAGGCAAGGAACAUAGAGAACAUUUGGAAAUGCAUGAUGAAUGAUGACGUCACAAAGAUUGGUGUUUAUGGAAUGGGGGGCGUUGGCAAAACAACCACCAUGAAGUACAUUCACAAUCAGCUCUUGGAAGAAAAAGACAAGUUUGAUAAUGUGUAUUGGGUCACCGUACCUAAAGCAUUCCAUAUUAUAAAGCUACAGAGCGCCAUAGCUAAGGCACAGAAACUUCGUUUUUUGGAUGAUGAGGACGAAACAAUAAGAACAUCAGAAUUAUAUGCCGUGCUCAACCAACAGAAAAGGUACGUCCUUAUCUUAGAUGAUGUAUGGGAGAGAUUUGAUCUGGACAGCGUGGGUAUUCCGGAACCGAAGAGAUCUAACGGGUGUAAACUUGUGCUAACUACACGAUCGUUAGAAGUGUGUAAAAGGAUGAAGUGUACACCUGUAAAAGUGGAUCUUCUCACUGAGGAGGAAGCGCUGACUCUAUUUAGCAGCAUAGUUGUUGGAAAUGACUCGGUGCUUGCUCCAGAUGUGAAAGAAAUUGCAGCUAAAAUUGCCAAAGAAUGUGCAUGUCUACCGCUUGCAAUUGUUACAUUAGCUGGAAGUUGUCGGGUUUUGAAAGGAACCCGUGACUGGAGAAAUGCACUAAAUGAAUUGAUCACUUCUACGGAAGACGCCAGCGAUGAUGUAAGUAAGGUUUUUGAGCAACUCAAAUUUAGUUAUAGUCGCCUAGAAAAUAAGGUGCUCCAGGAUUGUUUCUUGUAUUGUUCCUUGUAUCCUGAAGACCAUUUCAUCCCUGUGAAUGAGCUGAUAGAGUAUUGGAUUGCGGAGGAAUUAAUCGUUGAUAUGGACAGUGUAGAAGCAAAGUUGGACAAGGGUCACGCUGUAUUGGGAAAACUAACAAGUAGCUGCUUAUUGGAGAGCGUUACCGACAACCUCAAACACGAAUGUGUUAGGAUGCAUGAUUUGAUAAGAGAUAUGGCUCUCAGAAUAACAGCAAGUAGUCCUCGAUUCAUGGUAAAUGCUGGUGAGACAAAAAAAAGGGUACCAUAUGAACCCUGGUCUGAUGAUCUUGAGAGGAUUUCCUUCAUGGAUAGUUUGAUAAGUGAACUUCCAAUUACACCACCGAACUGCCCUCGGCUUACCACCUUACUUUUGAAUAUCAGCUAUUGGUCAAUGUUAGAAGUGAUUCCAAAUUCUUUCUUCUCCAAUAUGCCUUGUCUUGAGGUAUUGGAUUUAUCCAUGAGGAAAAUAACGUCACUGCCAGAGUCCAUCUCCAACUUGGAGAAUUUGCAUGCAUUAAUUCUGCGUUGCUGUAACCAAUUAAAGAAUGUGCCAUCACUGGAGAAACUGAAGGCUCUGAAAAUAUUUGUACUGACUGAUAGCAAAAUUGAAGAAUUACCGAAAGGUAUAGAAGAAUUGGUUAAUCUCAGAAAACUCAUCCUCUCAGGUAAUAAAAUACUAAGGACGUUUCCUAAACGGAAGUUACGCAGGCUCUCAAAACUCCAAUACCUUAGAAUUGACGAGACAGGAGUAAAAGUGUCCACAAAAGGUCUCCAGUGCUUGUGUCAAUUAAAAGUUGUCGCUGUCCACUUUCACAAUGUACAGGAGCUUACCAAGUAUGUGAUAUCUCAGCAGUUCGAAGGGUUGCAGAAGUACCGUCUUAUAGUGGGAGAACAUCAGCUGUUCAAAAGAGAUCUGGGAGAAGAGUUUAGUAUCAUUUUUGAAUCUGUACCUUUUGGAAGUGGAGUAGAUCAGCCAGUGCUCUCCGCAAGCAUAAAGUCCUUUGUGGUUGAUGGAUUCCACAAUCCCAUUAGCUUAUCAGCUAUUCCAUGCUUCAAAGAUGCCAAAGAUUUACGUAAAUGUAAAGUCAAAUGUUGUAACGGGUUAGAAUCCAUCUUUUCGUCAUCUACCUUUUCAGAAGAUGGCCAGAUCUCUCUAGGAACUGUUGAGUCAUUUGAUUUGUCCGAGUUACCCAGAUUAAGGGUACUCUUUGACGGGAUUGCCCCACCACACAGCAUUUACUUCAACCUAAAAGAAUUGUACAUCAGUUCAUGUGACGCUGUGAAGAAUAUUUUCCCUGUCCAGUUAUUGCAGAACUUCCCAAAUCUCGAGACACUUAAUGUACGAGUGUGUAUGAAUGUGGAGGAUAUAAUGGUCGAAAUAGCAGAGAUGAGUGAUCGGGGAAAUCAUCAAAAUUAUAGCUACUCAAUCAGUCUCCCAAAACUCAAGAACUUAGCAUUACGUGACCUACCAAGACUGAAGAGCAUAUAUAAUGGCGUGAUGGUUUGUCCAUCUAUAGAAGUAGUGGGCAUAGUAAGGUGUCCCAUGUUAAGGAGACUGCCUCUUUCGCUGCAUAUGGAUGGCGACCAAGCAACAACACCACAUGCUCUCAAAAACAUUUGGGCACAAGAAGGAUGGUGGGAGUCGCUGGAAUGGGAUGAUCCCGUCACCAAAACAAUUCUUCAGCCUUAUGCUAGGUAAAUACUGUAAUAAAUAUCAUUAUGUCGUGUCUGAUUUGAAAGUAGUUGCAAAAUAGUCAAUUCCAAAGUUGGUGUAGUGGCCCCCAUGCCAGCUCUUUGUGUUGAGUUUAACCCAACAUUUAUUGGGCUUUGAGGCUGCCAGGCUGGAGCAUUCAAUAAUUUUUUAGAAUAGACUAUUUUUGCUUUUGUUUUGGCAUCAAAACCUUUUGUACCUAGUUCAGUUUGUAUAUUUUGUUUAUGCAUGUUCCGGUUGACCAAAAAUUAGGCCUGACAUGCAACUUUCCUUAAGAAAAUACAAGUUGUUGAUUUGUGCAAUACAUGCGACUUUUAGCCAUAAGGUAAUUUCACAUGUUUAUAUGUAAAAAUUGCCGGUAGUGUUAGAGAAAAUCAUAUAUACAUACAUACAUGCAUUUAUAAUGAACAUGUGAACACGUGCAUAUAUAAUUCCUUAUUCUUUUUAAUUUGUGCAAUUACAUGUUAGUAAAUCACAAAAAGGAUUAUUGAAUGAUCAAAAUGUAAUGACGAAAAACUAAACGUUAAGUAGUAAAAAGGUGCUCUGUUACAUGUAUAUAUAGAUUUGAUUGCUUGAGUUGCUAGAGCCUAGAGUGUGUCUCGACGUGAACACAUGUAUAUAGAAUAUAAUUUCCAAAGCAUGGUCCAGUCACUGAAAGAUGAAUCCAGCAUGAUCUAUACUUGUUUAUACAAGUCUCAUUUGUUUUUACCUUGUUAUUAUAUAUCAUUUCUUGACAUUGGCGAAUUAAUGAAAUAGUACCUAGUCUUAAAUUAUGUCUUGGAUUUGUUAUUUUUGUACUCUUGUUGGAUUCCUUUUCUAGAUUCUUGUUACCCCGAUGCCCGGGAGAAGAAGACUAUAUUUGGAGGAGAUCAGUCUGCCAGGCGAUGAUGAAAACCAAAGAAGAAGAAGAAUUGUCUUCGAAUUCGAUUCAUCUCAACAAAUGAGAUCCAAUGGGUGGUGCUGCACGGGUUAUUCAUGGGUUGCUGCAGGUUUAAGAGUACUACAAGUUAUUUUGAAUUAUUCUGUACGGACGAUAGUUUGUUUUCAAAUCGUAGAAUUCUAGUUUGCUCUAAUGGUGACAAUUGAGGAUUAUACUCAUGAUAUUCAGUUUUUGGUUGUACUUCAAUCUCCAGUUGUAGCAUGUUCUGACUUUUGACUCCUCCUCUGCUUUGUAUUCGGGUAUUGUUCUUACAACUUUGUGUAGUGUGGAUUGUGGAAUUCUUCAUUGAGUUUUUCA